AUGGAGCGUUUAAACGACACCAUCGUCAAUGCAAGCAGCUCUUCCAUGGCUCACCACAUCGGCUGUAGUGUGAUGGCCUUGUGUUUCUGUCUAGGUGUCCCUGGAAACAUAGUGGUCAUGGUCGUGAUACUGCGGAGCUUCAAGGAGGACAACUUCACCCUUCGCCUGAUGCUCUACCUGGCAUUGUCGGACAUCUUGUGCCUCAGCGCACUUCCAAUGUGGAUUUAUGAGAUCUUGUAUGGGUGGGCGUUUUCUAGGGACUUGUGCUUGGCCAUCAAUUACCUCGUCUUCUCCGGCCUGUUUGCCAGUGUGCUGACCGUCUCUCUGAUGAGCCUCCACAGGUACCUGCUGGUGCUGCACAGGAGACUCUGGGAGAAGCUGGAUGUGGCCUUAUUUGACAUAGUGAAGGAGGAUAACUCCAGGCAGGUCUGUGCGCAAGUCACAGAGUCUCAUGGUGAGAAGGUGAUUGUGCUGUUGAUGUGUGAGACCUUGCUAGGAUUUGCUGUUCCCUUUGCUAUUAUUGUGAGCUCCUACUACCAUCUGCACAGCCAAGUCAACCAGAGCGUCUACUUCAGAAGCCCCAAGCUAACAAGGACCGUCACUUUGAUCGUUGUGACGUUCGUCGUGUCGUGGGCACCGUAUCAAGUCAUGAACAUUCUGGAGAUGUCAUCUCCCCAGAGCUACACUGGUGGUGGAAAACAGAAAUAUGUCUACAUGACACAGAGGUUGGUUGGCAUCAGCCUUGUUUACCUCAACUCCUGCCUGAACCCGUUCUUGUAUGCCCUGGGCUUCCGAGGCCUAUGUGGAAACUGCAGGAUACAGAGUGAAGAGGGCGUAUCAGGAGCGGAGACUGGCAACUGA